UAUAAAUUAUAAUGUUUGCGCUGAAUUGAAACAAAAUAGGUCAUCUGUUAUAUGUUAAAUUGUUUCUAAUUUUUACAUACAUAAAAAGUACAAUGUGUUGGGGAGUUGAGGUAAGAACUAGCAUAAAUUAUAAGUGUACUUAAAUGAAAAUAGCCAGUUUACCUCAAAACAAAAUCCUAGUUGAGUCCAGUUCACAACAAUGUUCUUACAUAAGUGGUGAAAUAUUACCAGUCAGCUUUAGCAUCAACUAAAAAACCAUUAGCUAGCUUAGCUGCAUUCUCUUGCGAGUUUAUUACUUUGCUGAACAACAUGUGAGAGUUUUGGGCCUGUUUCGUGAGUAAAUAACUGACUAAAGGGGAGUUUUAACCAACAUUUGGGCUAAUUUUAAACUGUAUGAGUCACUUAAUGGGGGUAAUUAAAAUGGCGGUCACUGUGCCAGUAAAGCCACCGUUGGCCGCGGAAUGCGCUUCGUCAUCACAACUUUCCCCUGGGGGUAGGAGGAAGAAGAAGGAGGAGGUCGGGGAGGGAAGAGGAGGAGGGCUGUUCUCAGCUGGGACUUUCCUCGCUGCCAGUAAAAAGUUUAAUCACAGGGCGCCACACCGGAGAUGUUCCCCGGCGUCUCCACGGUGGAGGUAUGCGGACCUGUGCGCGCGGUCUCCCCCUCCGCUCGGGAACACUUCUCCUUCUUCUAGUCCCAACGCUUCUGCUCGCGCUCCAGCUCCUGGUCGUCGGGACACGGUUACCCCGAGCCGCUCAGGUGGGGCUGGAGGAGCAGGGGGUCGCCUUUUCCGUUAUCAGCAUCGAACCGGAGAGGAACUCACGCCAGUGGGGCUCCCCGUUCCGGCGACCGGGUCAGGAGGAGGAGGAAUUGGAGGAGGAGAGGAGGGCGUAUGAGGAUGAGAACGAGAUGCACUCGCGCCAGGGGGGACCCAGAACGUUGGAGGUGCAGCCGUGGGCGGAAGACGAGCCGUCCUUCACAGCAGAACUCAAUCGUAUCAUCUCUUAUAUCGCCACUCCACAGCUAAACUGCUCCAGGGUUUUGUCUCCAGGUCAGGCUCAGGCAUCUCAGCCCCCUGCAGACUCACCCCGCUGGCUGCUGUGUGCUGAGGACUGGCUCCUUCCAGCGGCAGAACCACCGUGUGUUGCAUACUCCUUUAGUAUGGAUCGGGGAGAUGCGGAGUUUCUAAAGACUGUGUCAAUGCUGGGAUGUGAAGUCCACAGUUUUGAUCCCAGCAACUCCUAUGCAUCUGGUGGUCACCUUGGCAACAGUUUGGCCAGUAACCAUGGUGAUGGAGGCGUGGUCAGCCAACACAAGAUGUGGUUGGAAUGGCGAGCACCAAGGAAGCGCAAGCACAAGACAAGAGGCAACCUGGGUAGUGUUUCUCAAACACUGGCAGACAUCAUGGCAGCUCUGGGACAUCACACAGUUCACUUCCUGUAUGCUGACCUUCUCAGUGCUGAGUGGCGAGUUUUCCAGAACUGGAUUGAGAUAGGAACACUGCAGCGUGUCCAUCAUCUGGUUGCAACAGUGCACCUGCAAUGGGCAGGGUUUGAGGUGGGCGGAACCAAUGAGGAGGUUCUCCGCUAUUGGUUCAGCGUCCUACAGGGUCUCCAGGCUUCUGGACUCAAGCUGGUCCACAGCUCUGCAGGAGAGGGUCACAGCAUCCUCAAACAGACUGCAGUAAAUGCCCACAGCUCAUACACACUCAGCUGGGUCAACACGGGACACUGACACACACACACACACACACACACACACACACACACACGAAUGGACACAGGUGUACACACAUGACCAGACAGUGUGGAUGGGUUAAAACAAGAGGGAGGAAGUCAACUCUUCAAGUACGUGGUGGAGUUACAUUUUUCUUCCAGUGAAUGUUUUCCCCUCUUCUCAGGCACACACAGUUGUCUCCCUCUAGUGGAGACAGAAGGAUCUGUCUUUGUAUGACUCCGCCUUCAGAGGGAAAUACUGCUGUCUCUCUACGUGAUACUGGCUUUGACCAAAUAUGGAGCGGAAGGAAGGAUUGCUGAUUUAACUGGGCAAUGAUGUUGUUAUCAGAUCUACUGAUUGUACACAAAACAGCAGAUUUUUGUAUGUAAUUUGUAGCCACAGCUUGAUUGUGUCCUCUUUGCUCCUAAAUAACAGCUGACAGGUGCUGACAGGUUUUAUCAAUAUUAUACAAUUUAAUUAGUUCAGUGCAACCCCUUUCAUCAGUCAUUAUUUUGAUCCAGCUGUAAUUUGAAUGUAGAUUGAACAGAUUAUUGUAUGUAUUUUUUGUACAUUUGCAGCGCUUUUAUGUGCAAUAAUUAUUGAUGUUGAAGAGAAGCCUAAAUUAUAUUGAGACCAAUAGUGCCUACUGUGACAUAUAUUGAAAUGCGUCCAUACACUGAUGCAGUUUUUGCACAUUACUGUGUAUUGUAUGACAACAAUGAAAACAACGCAACCACGUUGGACAUAAUAAAAUACAGAAUAGAAAUC